GAGGGGAGUAUAAGGGUAAUAAUAUGAUUAAUUUUUUUUAUAUUUAUACUGUCAAGUGACUUGGGUGAUAGCGGUGGUGGCGUUAUGUCGAAAAUGCGAGUCCAGGAUAAGGACAACAAGACCUUGCCAGAUAAAUUGAGACAGUUUUUUCGAAUCAACAAAGGUAACUUUAAAAGCCGAGAGGAUAUUACUCUAACGCACAGCAUCGAAAAGGAGAUUAGCUCAGACAAUCCAGUUCAUUGUCGUACAAAGGUGAUUAGAGAUUUAAGCGAUGCUGUGCUCAACAAUCAGUGGGAGGAUUGUGCUGCUGAGAAAUUAUGGUAUUUGGUCCAUGAUCUAAUUGGACAAGACGUUUCCAGAGAGCACAGGCAUGUAACUCUGCACUUUUUAAAAUGUCUCAUUCAAGGACAGUUUUCGAGACUCUCGUCUCUCAUGAGAGUUAAGUUUUUUAAUGUCAUUAAGGGCCAUGAUAUACCUGAAGAUAUUGAAUUAAGGCUUGAAUUAUUACAAACUUUAACGGAAAAUGGAAAAAAUAUUACACAUUUGGAAGAAAAAAUGGGUCCUUUCCUUCUUUCUUGGAUGCCAACGGUGACGAGUUCUGAUAACAAGAGAGGAGCGGAGUUCUUGUCUCUGCUUGUAAAUGUCAUUAAAUUCAACUCAGCAUGCAUCGAUGAAGAUAUCGUAUCAGGAUUUGUUCAGUAUAUUUGUUACCUGUGUUAUUAUAGUAAUGACACAGAAGUUGUUUCAGCAAGCUUGGAAGCUUUAGAUACAAUCGUGUGUUACAGCAAAUUGCAGCCAGAUUCAUUACAGACAUUUAUCAUAGCCUUGUGUCGUAGUGUUAAUGUUGAAUCUUACUGUCAGAUGAGCUGGAAGAUAAUGAAAAACUUACUAGGGACACACAUGGGGCAUUCUGCAUUGUACAAAAUGUGCUAUUUAUUGCAAGAGCCCAAUUUUCAAAAAGACGUACGACUUCUAAGAGGAGCCAUAUUUUAUAUAAACAUGGGCCUUUGGGGUUCACACAGAAUACCAAAACUCAAGUGCAGUCCUUCUUCUGUUCUACCAUCGUUUUCUGAAGCUCUACUAUGUAAUCAUCCCAUCGUAAUGUAUGAAGUUACAUUAUCUAUUCAAAGAUUGGUUUACAAAUACGGUGUUGAGAUCGAGCAGCCAACUUGGAGCAUCAUACUAAAAAUUAUUGAACAAGUGAUCGCACACACAGAAAGCAGUAAUCAAUUAGCUACAAAACAAGUUUCAACAAGCUUGCAUGAAACAAUCAGUAGCAUUGAAAGCCUCUUGGAUAGUAAUAGUUACAAUGGAAACAUUCAAAGCUUUUACGAACUCGUUGAACGUUGUUCUGAUGCAAGACCAGAAACUUCAGUACUUAAGCUGAUUGAUUAUAGAGCUUCUUUAAUUAGCCCGACCUGCCAUCAGUGGCAGUGUAAAUUGAGCUCACUAAUGGAACAUUACUACAAAAUUGAAACAAGAACUAACGUCAGAGUUAAAGCUCUUGACGUUUUAUCAAAUAUCAUUCAAGUUAAUAAGUCUAGAUACGAAGAUGAGCUAAUAGAACGUAUUGUUGUGCCUCAUUUGCAACACUUGGAAGCAGAUCCAGAUACAACAAUACGUAUUAUUGGUGCCCACUUGCUGAUUGAUAUUUGUAUGGAAUGUGAGUCAAAAAGAUGCUUAGAACUGUUAGAUAUCUUAGAGAAGCUUAUCAACAAGCCAUUCACAUUAGAUGCACCAGUACAAGAUGGUAUCGACAUAAAAGAUGUCAAAGCGGCCGUUGUUGGUGUUAUUAAAAUUCUAACACAGAAAGUAUAUCGUUUACCGUCCAUUCAUGCGAUUCGCGCUUAUCAAGUCCUUGUGAAUCAUUUAGAACUACAUUACCAGGAUCCAAAAGAAGUUUUCAGGGAUGUUCCUACGAUUCGAUUCCUGAUAUUUGAGUGCUUUCUCAAAGGCAGAGCCAAUGGCUUGGGUCACUUAGGUUUUCCAGAUCCUUCGACCGGCGUUGUCAACCGCUACAGUCCUUACUUAGUAUUAGAAAAUAAUACAUUAAACUCAAAUACUAGUAGUGCAAGUCCACCUCCGGCUAGUCCUGUUCCCAUACAAAGUACAUCUCAGAUCACCAAUAUAUCACUGGCUCAGGCGUGUAAAGCCGUAACCACAGCUAUAAAACAGGAAAAAGACUGGCAAGUUUUACAGUUAAUUUUAAAAGAGUUGCCUCAUCUGAUGCAAAACAGAGCACUUAUAUUGUCUCGACACACAAACGAUAUUGCUGCUUUAACAAGCGCACUGUGCUCUAUGAUCGAUGACAAAACUUUCAAGCCAGCAGAUUCAUUGCAAAAUGUCUUCAACAAUGUGCCUCCUAAGUUUACUUUUUCUGAAUUUCGCGAAUAUUUUUACCCAGUUCUCUCCGCUUGCACGUCUUACCAUGCACACUUUGAUUUAGGCACUCAACAACGUCUCAUAAAGUGUUUUGAAGACGGUUUAAGAACUACGUGUGCUGGCCAAUGCGUUACAAGUCUCAUGACCUGCACUUUAGAAAUGCGCGAUACCAUGAGCAAAUUGGUAUCUAAUGUUCUUUUAAGCUUAUCCAAGAUAUCCGAUACAGUUCACAUUGCAAUUCCAAUAUUGGAAUUUCUUUCAACGCUCACAAGACUUCCCAAAGUUUUUGCGAGUUUCACUGAAGAACAGUACAUGUCGAUAUUUGCUAUUGUACUCCCAUACACCAAGCCAACAAAGUACAAUCAUUACACGGUAUCGUUUGCGCACCACGUUAUUGCUGUAUGGUUUUUAAAGUGUCGUCUCCCACUAAGGAGAAACUUUGCGAAAUAUAUAACGAAAGGUUUAUAUUCCAAUGCCAAAAUGCUUUUAGAAGAAGGAAACAUAUCGAAACCCGACAUUAGUCUGAGUAAUGAAGAUUCAUCAAAUAGACAACGAAGUUCCAGCUUGACGGAACAAGGAAGUAGAGCACGCAAGUUUAUCAAAGAGAACAGAGCACUAGAUUUGAAACCCCCGGUUGAUAAAGCUCUGAUGAAUUUUCACAUUGAGCUAACGGAAACUUGCAUAGAUCUAAUGGCCCGCUACACUUACUCUAUGUACUCUGCGCGUCCUAAAAGGAUACCAGCGGCUGAUUUCCUUCUAAAAGAGGGUUCCUCGGUGACGUGGAUACUCGGAAAUAAGCUAAUCACAAUAACAACGAGUGGUUGCAGCAACAAGGCCAUGAGAGGUCCAUUGUGCGACAAUUGCUGGGCUGCGUGUAAGACUAGUCCUGAGCACACGCGUUCGAGCCACUCAAGCCUACUGCGUGCUUUGAGCAUCGACGGUACCCGAGAAGCUGACAAACUAUCUCGACAGUCGUCAGGUGGUCACGCAAGCUCUAGUGCCAAUACGGCCGCAAACUCGCCGACCGAAGAGAGUAAACGCUCGAUCGACGAAGCUGAUACUUUCAAGCCAAAAAUAGACUCCGGAGUCGAUGGUGCCGAUCGAACCGAACAGCAACAGCAACACAGCGAGACUUCCAAACUCGAGCAGAUGAUGAACACGGAUAGGCAGGAGGAGCACCAGCCGUGCGCAUGCUGGUGUCAAGGCUGGGCGGAAAUCUACGUAAGGAGACCCACUGGCGACAUGUCCUGGGUCACGCGGAUACAGAAUUCCCUGCACCUGGACACGCCCUACGACUUUCCCUUCGACAACAUCACUGCUCUCUACAUGCCCACGGCCGAAAUGAUACCGCAAAAGAGCCAGGAUCUCUAUUCCGAGUUUUCGGAGGAUGAAAUACCGGAUUCAACGGAGAAGAAUCUCGAGUCACUUCCAAACGAGACUGUCAACAUACCUAAAUCCGGAGUCGCGUCUUCGUCGUCAGGGCCGAUUGAUAUUCCGAGUUCUCCUGCGCGGCCCAGCCCAUGUCCUCAAGAUAGUCUUGAAAGCUUGGAAGAGGGUGAAGAUGAAUCAAGAAAAUCUCGAAAUCCAGUGCGCAGAUCAAAUUCUAGUCCCGAGAUGAGUUCGAAUUGGAAAAAUCCAUUUUUAAGUAAAGAUAAACUUGUUUUACCUCAAGUUGACAGAGACGACCAAAAUAGCGAUAUGGAUGCCAAAUCAGACGCCGAUCUUAAAAAGCAUCUUAAGAAUACAUACUCUAAAGAUAUGAGAGUUAGUUGUGAAGCAAUACCUGAAGAAAUAUCAGGAGUGGGUACAACGCCACCCUCGACUGAAAAUGCUGGGGAACAUCGAACGGGAUUGUUAUCACAGAAAUCUUAUCCCGGUGCUAGUCAGGUGACGCAAACUGCAAGUCUAGCCACAACAAGUAUGACAGUACCUCCGUCGCCAACUGCUACUCAGCCUUCUACAAAUCUAUUAUCAUCAAAGCCACCUCAAUCACCAACUCAAGCUUAUCCUCGACCCAUGGGGCUAGAUUCGAGCUACAAUCGUCAGUCAUGGAUUGUAGAUUCCAAACCACCACUUGGUCGAAAUAUUCUGAUUGACAAGCUUCGAGACGAAAAAGCUGAUCCCUCGACUCUGCCACCUCUUUCAUUCCGAGAUCGUGGUUACACAAUAUCUGUAAUGAGUCCCGCAAAAAUUCGUCGCAAUAAUUCACCUCGAAUAAAAGAUCCACCGUCUCAAGUAAAUUUAUCCAACAACAGAAGCGGCAUCAAUCCUAGCUUCAUAUUUUUGCAAUUAUAUCAUUCGACGCACUUUGGGCCAACUGUGGAAAAGCCAUUGUUAGUUCCGCAAACUAACGCUCUCUUGCUGACUUCGAUUACAAAUUUAGACAGGAUACAACCUUAUGAGACACACAAAAUUGGAAUUCUGUAUGUCGGUCCUGGUCAGGCAACGAAUGAAAUAGACAUUUUAGCGAAUCAACACGGCUCAUUACGUUACGCACAAUUUUUACAAAGCAUUGGUACCCUUAUAAGACUGAAAGACGCAGAUGAAAGUAUAUUCCUUGGAGGUCUCGAUCGUCACGGUGAAAAUGGAAAUUUCGCCUACAUCUGGCAGGACGACGUUACGCAAGUUGCAUUUCACGUUGCAACAUUGAUGCCCACUAAAGUAAGUGAUCCAAAGUGCACAUCAAAGAAACAACACAUUGGCAAUAAUUACGUCACGAUUGUGUAUAACGAAAGUGGAGAGCCUUACAAUAUCCAAACUGUAAAGGGUCAAUUUAAUUAUGCUUGCGUUGUAAUCCAACCCCUUGAUCACAGUACAAAUCAAGUAACAGUACAAGCUAGAGAAGAGCUUAGUGAGCAUAUUGGGCACAGUGAACCUAAAAUUAUAUCUGACCAAAAUUUGGCAAUUUUAUCUCGACAACUGGCUCUACAUGCAAACUUGGCCUCUCAAGUGUGCUCUUCUUUGAAACAAAAGGAUCGCAAUCCUUAUGCAUCCAAUUGGUUGGAGCGUCUUCGACACAUUAAGCGCUUAAGAAAACGAAUUUUGGAAGAAUUGUUGAGAAGAAACCCCAACGAUAGUGGAAUAAAAAAUUUGCUGAAUGAUGAACAUAAAUUAAGAGUUGCUGAUGAUUUUGUUCAAGACUUUACAGAUUUUACAACUUAAAAUUUUUUAUAUAAAAACAAUAUGUGAUAGCAAUUUUACUACUAGCAUAUGAGAAGAUGAUGGAGAUGCUAAAGAAAUAAAGUUAUUUAAUGUAA